UUGGGAUAUGAUGGAUAUUGACUAUCAGAGUUAUUUGUCUAUAUAUCGUGUUCAUUGGCAAAGAAUUACUGAUUUUUCAGGUGUGCAUUCUGUUUACGUGGGGCUAAAAAGCGGUCAUAAUGCAACAACAUGUGAUGUGAGUCCAUUAGAAAAGGCCCAAGAUGAAGCGAAUUACCACGUUUUCUCUGGACUAAAUCUUAAAUCUGGAUCAAUCUAUUAUGCCUGCCUUAAAGUUGUUGAUAAUGCCCAAAAUGCAGCCUACUUUACAUCUGAUGGCAUAGUUAUCGAUAACACAUCCCCCUCGCCAGGUUACGUAAUAGAUGGUAACACUGUUAACGAUAUUGAUUUCCAAAAAGAAAACUCGGUUUUAUGGGCCACCUGGUCAAAUUUUACUGAGGAGGAAACAGAGAUUGUUCAAUACAAGCUUGCUUUUGGCACGUCGCCUGGAAAAGAAGACAUUCAAGAAUUUACUGAAGUAGGACUCGUACAAAGAGCUCCUAGUACACGGCUGAACACGACUGAACUAGCAACUGCUAAGCGAUAUUACGCCAGUGUUAUAGCAAUAAACAAACUGGGCCUACCAAGUGAAAAAGUAUCUUCAGAUGGAGUAUUAAUUGACAUCACUCCUCCAUCCUUUAUCUUUUCCACAACUGACGGUACAGAUUUAGGACAAGAUGUAAGGUACUCUAGAGUACAAAGCCUGUCAUGUUCUUGGCGAUGUGAUGAUGAAGAAUCAAAAUUAAAACUUGUUGAAGUUUCAUUCGGUCUUCAACCUGGAAGUUCGGAUGUGAAGCAAUUUACAACUGUUAAUGCUUCAAGUAUGCAGUAUGAAUAUCAGGCAAGCCUAAAAUCAGGUAUUAUAUAUUUUGCAACAAUCAGGUGCACAAAUAAUGCUGGUCUUCAAAAAACGUCUACUUCUAAUGGUGUCAUAUAUGAUGAUACUCCUCCUCAAGGACUUGCUGAUGAUGGUGACUAUCAAAACUCUACAAACAAACUAAAAGUUGAUUGGAAGUUUGUCGACGCAGAGAGUGGAAUCCUUAUGUAUCACAUAAUAAUACUUAAGUCAGAUGGCCUUUUACAAGAAGGACCGUUUGAAUUCCCAGGAAAUAUCAGUUCAGAAACGCUUUUCUUGGAGUCAACUCUCGACGCUGGAAAGACAUAUUUUACAAACAUAACAGGAUAUAAUGGUGCAGGUCUCGCAUCGUCUGUCAUAACUGAUGGUUUUACAAUAGAUAACACCCCGCCUACUUGCAACAGCGUUUGGCAUGGCGAUAAAGACUUUCUAUCAAGAUUGCGAUUUGUUUCUGAUGCAAUCAUCUUGUAUGUUUCAUGGAACUGUUCGGACCAAACAAAAUUGAAGAAACUUCAAUUUGCAGUUAAAGAAAAACACUCCUCAAAAUUCAUUCUUCCUUUUCAUUCUCUAAAUAAAAACAACAACUAUAAAGGAACAGCCACUAUCACUGCCAGAAGAACAAGACCUAAAUUCGAAGCAGGCAAAACUUAUGUCAUUGGGCUAGAGCUUACCAAUUCUGUGGAACUCUCUUCAGUUUUUUGGACUGAAGGAGUUAAAGUGGAUACAACCCCACCGAUUUUUACGCAUCUCAAGCUCAAAUUCAACCCACGCAACAACUCUUUAACUGCAUUUUGGGAUGUCAAGGACGAGGAAAGUGGACUUGAUGUUGUAAAGUGGGGACUUGGUAGCAGUUCAGACAAAACAAAUGUCAAAAACCUAACAAUUAUCAAUAUUUCAAGUAAAAGUCUCAACAUCAUGCAAGAUCUAGAACUUGGGUCUACCUAUUUCUUCUCUGUGGAAGCAAUAAAUAUUGUAGGUCUUUUGAACAGAGCUGUAUCAAAUGGAGUGGUGACUGAUUGUACCGCACCGAAUAGUGGACUAGUUUACGCCCAAUAUAUUCUACCUCUAAAUUAUGACAGAAACAACAACGUUGUCCACGGUUCAUCAUUCGCAGUAUCCUGGACGGGAUUUAUUGAUAAAGAAAGUGGAAUAUCUCAAUACAGCUGGGCUGCAGGAAAUAACUUGCAAUCGCUUCUAAAUCUGGAUGACAGUAAAUAUACAAACAUUCAGCUCGACGAAUCUGUUGGCGGUGUGCAGAUUAAGAACGUAACUCUGGUUGGCAAUACUACAUACUACGUGUGCAUCAGAGCAACCAAUGGCGCAGGACUACAAAGAACAGAUUGCUCACCAGGAAUGAAAGUAGUACUGGGUAAAUUCUCGGCUGGUUUGGUUAACGAUGGUCCAAGAAACUCAAACAAAGACCUGGACUUCCAGCUUGAUGAUAGAGCAUUAUGGGCACAUUGGGAUGGAUUUGAUGAUCCGAUAAAUGGAGUGUCAUCAUACGAAUGGUGUAUUGGUGACCAUCCACACAAUUCAUCGGUGAAAGAUAUUUGCAGAUGGCCUUACACGCAAGUUAUCAGUGGAAGAACAGAAGCCCAUCGCUUUUUUAACCUCACUCUUUUCCAAGGCAAAACAUACUAUGCCAAUGUCAAAGCCAUCAACAGUCAGGGAGAAAAUGUGUAUGCAACCUCUGAUGGAGUUGUUGUUGAUCGAAGUCAUCCAGAAGGAGAAUUCAUAAGGAUUACUCCUGCUUUAGGCAAAGAUACCUUGUAUACGACUUCUUUCCAGGCACCAAGCGUCAUUUGGGACAUGAACGAUAAAGAAAGCGGAAUGAAUCAUUUUAGGAUUGGAGCAGGUACUUUUCCCCAUCAGGACGACUUACUGAGUUUCAAGAAAAUAGACGGACCAACAAGAUCGGUUAAUAUGAGAGAUCUAAAUUUUACAGUGUCAAAGGGGCUUAAUUUUUUUGUGAUAAUAUCAGGCUAUAAUAUGCUUGGCUUAGAAACAACUUUAACUUCACAGCAAGUAGUAGUAGACUGGACACCUCCCUUGGCUGGAAUUGUAAUAGAUGGAGAAAUAUCUGGUGAUGGAGAUCCAGAAACAAAGGAUCGUGACUACCAGACCAGCAGACAGUCAAUAUCAGCUCACUGGUAUGGUUUUGAGGAUAAUGAAAGCGACAUUGUUCACUACAAAUGGUGUCUCGGUUCAAAACAAGGAACUUGUUCAUUGACCAAAAUGGUGUCUGCAGGACUCCUAAAUUACGUCUCAGUGUCGUUAGACCUACGGGAAGGGUUUCGUUACUUUGUUAUGGUAGAAGCAACAAAUGGUGCAGGAUUGACACAAAUGUCGUCUUCAGAUGGAGUUACUAUCGAUUCUAGCCCACCUGCUACAAGCAAACUCUCUUUCACCGCUGCUUCUGAUGACAUACAUUUGACAAUUAUUGGAAAUCGCACAUACCAAAGCAGUGGAAGGUCUCUGAAAGCACAAUGGAGGAAAAUUACAGAUAUCCAAAGCGGAAUCACCAGUUUAAAGUACUGCGUUGGGAAACUCUUCAAUGUAUGUAAUGUAAUCGAAUGGACACAUCUCGCGCUUGAGGACACAUCGAUCACUCACAUUUUUGACGAGCCUUUUUCAUCUGGUACAACUUUAUAUGUCAGUUUAGAAGCCAUCAACGGAGCAGGACUAAGUUUAAGAACACAUUCCAAAGCUUUGGUUAUUGAUUCCAGCCCUCCUUCGAUUGGAAGAGUCUCAGUGGGAAAUACAAACGGAAUGAAAUAUUUUAAGAGAGGCGAGGUUAUUGAGGGAGUAGCCAUAGGAUUUGAAGAUAAAGAAAGUGGUAUAGCUGCUUUUGAAUGGGCGAUCUGCUUUGCUAUUUCGACGAGGCAAUGCACGGAUUCCUUUAUUAGCACAGGAUUGAAUUAUAAAUUCACAAAAAAGGAUCACGAUUUGACGCCUGGUGUUAGCUAUAGACUUAUGGUAAGAGUUCACAACCAGGUAAGCCUUCAAAGCGAAGCCUGGUCUAAUACAUUUACAUUAGACAAUGAUUAUCCGAUUCCAAAGUCUGUGUUUGACGGCAUUGAGACUACCAAAGACAUUUCUAUUCAAAGUUCAACGAAUGCCCUAUCAGCUAAUUGGGAACCAUUUAUUAACUUUAAUUCAAGAAUUACAGAUUAUGAACUUUGCGUAGGUAGCAAACCAUCAGUGUGUAAUAUUGUGCCUUAUCGAAACGUUGGCCUUUUCCUAAAAGGAGAAAUCUCUGAGAUCACUUUAAAACACAUGAGCACAUAUUAUAUAACAGUAAGAGCCUGGAACGAGGCAGGAAAUACAGCAAAUACGUCGACCGAUGGCGUCAAGAUUGACAGCACUCCCCCUAAAGGAGGAGAAAUAAGAGAUGGAAAUGGCGAAGAAGAUAUCGAUUAUCAAGCUGACGACUCCUUUAUUUCAGCCAACUGGGAUCAGUUUACAGACGCAGAGUCAGGAAUAGAGAAAUACAUCUGGUGUGUUGGAACUGCAAAAGGAUCGUGUGAUGUCAUAAACGAAAAGUUAGUCUUAGAAGCCAGAUACGUUGGACACCAACUCGAUGUACCGGUCAAUCCUGGGUUGAUUCUCUACGUCAAAGUCACUGCUGUAAACGGAGGUGGUGGAAAAACGACAUUGUAUUCAGACGGAGUAGUAAUAGACAGCACUCCUCCCGAAAUAACAGAGGUUAAAGAUCUGCGCUCUAGACAUCAUUUGAAAGAAACAGACUUUAUAACUUCCAAAGCUAAAUAUUGCGUUGCGUGGAAAGUCAUUGAUAAGGAAAGUGACAUACAGAAAAGUGAAAUAUCAGUCUGCCCUGCCCUAACACCAAAUAGCGAUUGCCUUAUUUCUUCCGUGGAUGUUGGUGUAAGGUUAGCAAUUUGCAUGUCAAACCUUGAGUUUCAUGAAGGAGUCAAGUACAUUGCUAUAGCACAAGUUACUAAUAAUGCAGGACUGAGCUCAACGAAAACCUCUGAUGGAUUUGUACUCGAUUUUUCUCCUCCGGAUACAGGAGAAGUUUAUCAUGUGAACAAUCUUGACACGACUGACACGAACGUAUCUCGUUUUACAAGCUCUGAUAUUAAAGUUCGAUGGCAUGGAUUUUGGGAUAAAGAAAGUUCAGUAUCAAAGUAUUUUGUUUGCCUUGAAGAAGGCUUAUCAGGAAUAUGUGAUCACAUUACUAAUUUUACAGAUGUUGGGAAUCUAACAGAUUACUCCUUCAAAGGCAUUGAUCUAAAGCAUAACACUAGGUAUUAUGUAUUUGUUAUUGCUGAGAACGGAGCUGGCCUUCAAAGCAAUGCAGUUUCUUCGGUAGGGGUCUUAAUGGAUGCUACAGCUCCAUUACUAGGACAUGUAUUGCACGAUGGUGAUGUGGAAGGCAAAGAGAGACACUUCCAAAACUCAACUCUCGACGUCAAAGCCCACUGGACAACUUGUGAGGAUCCAGAAAGCGAUAUCAUUAAAGUAGCAUGGUGUGCUGGCACUACGAAAGGUCGUUGUGAGAUUUCAAAAAUGCGUGACAUAUCUCCCUCUGUACACAACGUACAUUCAGCCUUAGAAAAACCAGUACGAAAUGGACAAGUGUUAUACGUAACAGUCCAAGCAACAAACGGAGCCGGGGAAACUACAACUGUUACGUCAGACGGUAUUACUAUCGACGGCACUCCUCCAAUGAAAGGAAAAGUGCUUUUCGAUAACACAACAAAUGAAGUUAACUACCUCUUUGGCGAAAAUGACAUUGAUCUACACUGGCUAGAAUUCACUGACAAUGAAAGUGGAAUACAGAGUUAUGAGGUUGCCAUAUGUGAUGCAAGAAAUCUAACGAACUGUCCGCAGCCGUAUACCUCAGUUAAUAAUGCAACACGCGUACAAAUAACAGGACUAGAUUUUGAAAGUGGAGCCAUGUACGUUGCCAUAGUUAGAGCAACAAACUUUGCAGGCCUAAAGAUAGAUGCAACGUCAAAAGGGAUCACAGUUGAUUAUAGUCCGCCUUUUGGCAGUCACACUUGGAUUGGCCCAGAAAGCAAGCACAUAUUCUUCCAAUCAAGUAAAACUGAACUGAAAGUCAGAUGGCAAAUGUUUAACGAUGCUGAAAGUGGGAUUUUUUCCUAUGAAAUAUGUUUAACGUCAAGUGACUGCAAUGUCAGUGACUACCUAAACGUUGGCCUGAAUACCAGCUACGACCUUACUAAGUUAGAACUUGAACAUGGCAAAUCAUAUUACGUAACAGUAAAAGGGACAAAUGGAGCUGGGUUAACUUCUACAACAAUUACAGAUACUAUUACUAUAGACACUACACCACCUGAACCCUUUAUUGAUUCAAGUCUGGGCAACAAAACGACAGAACAAAAGAUUCUCAGGUUUAAUUGUACUGAAGAAUUUGUAGGCUUUGAAUGGAAUAUGUUCGAUGAUCCUGAAAGUGGAAUAUCUAGAUAUGAGUUGUGCGUCGGGACAGAGGAAGGACUGUGCAAUAUCGUUCCUCAUACAUCAUUAACUCCAAACCUUAGCAGCCGAGCCUUUACUCAUAAAAGAGUUUCAAGUUCUCAACUAUUUGCGAAAUUUAAAGCAUUUAACAAUGUUGGGCUAUAUAGCAUGCAAUCCAAAGAAUGUGUUUUGAUAAAUAGGGUCCCUCGAAUACAGUACGUUAAAGAUUUAAACUCGUCAAAUAUAAAUGAUGAUACUGAAAUUGAUUGGACGGCCAACACAACAAGCUUAAGAAUGAAAUGGGACAUAUCGGAUAACGUAGCAGAACAUAAAUCAAAAAUGCGUGUUGAAGUAGCUGUGACACUACCAUUUUCUAACCUAUCCUAUCCAAGAAUCAACAGCAAGAAAUCUUGGAAUGGAGAACCGUUUGCUCUAAAUUUUACCAAUUUAGAGCUUUGGAAAAACAAUUUAAGCAUCGAGAGCUUGGACUUAAAACCAUUGAAAGAAUAUCGUAGUGUUGUUCGCAUCUGGAAUGAAGGCGAAAUCUACAGUGAGGCCAGUAGUGAUGGCGUGCGUUUUGAGCCAAAUCGUCCUUUGCCUCGUAAAAUCGUUAUUCAAGAUAUUUCUUCAGAAAAAGAGAGAUUGCGAUGGCUACCCAAUCUUCGGCUUCCGGGUUUUAAUAGAAGUGACUUAAUUCCCGAAAUACUGUACAUUUCAUCGCCCAGUAACAUUUUUGCGGUAGUAAGCUCUAUCAUCAACAUUACAAAUCAAACUGAAACAGCUAAAGCAGAAUUACUCAGUGACAGUUCUCAAGAUUUCAAAGUUUUAUUUUACCGGGUACGUUCUGGAAAUAAUUCUACUAACACUUCUGAGAAUAUCUUAGAAACGGAAACAUUACCUGGUAUUGCUAGUCCACAAGGCCCAUGCUGCGCCAAUUACACAUCUAAUGAUGUCACUAUGCUGACUGACAUCCACUACAAGCCUACUUUGCCAACCCAGAUGUUUGGAUCUUUUGUCGCUUUGCUUAAACAGAGAUACCUAGCAGUUGCCUCUAUCGACAAGGUCUUUAUCUUUUCUCUUCAAAACAAAUCACUUAAUUCCGAGGUCAUAACUAUAACAGAAACAAUAUCUGGGAUUUCACACUCUGAAGAUUGCAUUCUCAUAACGUCUACGCGAAAGCUCCACGUGUACAAUUUAAGAAUUAAUGAAAAAAAUAACUCCUCUCUGCAUGUUGAGAAAAUGCUAAUACUUUCAUGGAGAAAUUUUGAUGGUGGAAUCGCUGUAUUACAUAAUACCACCAUAGCAGCUACCGGAAGAACUGCACAAAACAAAGGUGUGGUUGGGAUAUUCCACGUAACAAAUGGGGUUUGGCAGGUCAAUAAAAUACUUGGAGAAACUGAAAACAGUACAGAAUUUGCUAAAGCCCUAGCGAUUAACAACCAUUUUCUAGUAGUUUUGUCUUCAUCUUAUUUGAUAGUAUAUUCUUUGGAUGAUUUCGAAGUUGCUUUUAGAAUUAAUCUUAAGAUUCUGGGGAUGAAUCUUGCAGAACCUUCAUUUAAACUUACAAAGAGUGAUGUCUUGAUCCUUGUAUCCAAGAAACAUUCAAAAAUCGUCAUCUUAAAUCUUGAAAUCCGUACCAAGUUAUACAGAGAAAUAUGUUCCUACAAAAUACCUUUAGACAUCAAGCUGAGUGAUAAAUUUGACUCAAUGGACAGGGAUGGUGGAACUGUUAUAGCGCUAGGAAUGCAAACCUUAGGUGGUGUUGAUGGGGUUCUACUAAUUGGAUUUCAAGGCGCCUUUGCAUACCAUCUCAAGUACGAUUUGGGUCAGUGUCUUGGAUUAGGAAGAAUUCUUUCACGCGAUAAUAAACUUCGUGUUGACGAUGGAGUACCACGUGCAAGUGUUUCAAUACAGGGUUCGACUAUCGUUUUUGGAACUCCCGGAGAAUUGACAUGGCCAGAUCGAAAUGAAGACGCGGGAACUGGUAGAGUUUAUAUAAUCACGUAUUGCUCUCUCAACCAUAAAAGAGUAAAGAUUUCAACGUUAGUGGAACAACAGCCAUUAAAAUGCGAAACAUGCGAGGAUGGCAGAAGGUCUCUUGGAGGUGUAACAACAAUUUGUACAGUGUGUGAAAAUCGUAAGUGUGCGUUGCCUUUUGUUGAUGAUCCUUUACACUUUGUUACGAAAGUUUGCAAUGAUUCGAUGUGUCCUACUAAUGAGAAAGUGAGCAAUAAAACCAAUGGAAUUAAGAUAAUCCAGAUGAACGGUACGUUUUUCGAAGAAGGUGCAGUCAACGAGUACACCAUAAAGUUAGUCGAGACAACUCGUGCUGGCAUGUCAACAACAUCUGAAUCAGAGCCGUUUAUUAUCGAUACAACAUCUCCAGUGGUAGGUACUGUGUAUGAUGGCCUAGGAAGUGACCAAAAUACUAACUGCUCAAGUAACGAAACGCUCGGCGAAGAUAGUCAGUGUUCCACACGUAGUUUCCAAAAUACGGACAUUGAUUAUACUAAUAAUACCUCCGAACUUCACGCUCGAUGGGUUGACUUUGCUGACAACGAGAGCGACAUUACAGAGCAUUUUUGGUGUGUAGGAACAAAGCCCAUGCUGGAUGACAUUCGGCAGUGCGAGAGCACAGGACAUAGGCAAAAUGGCAGCCAUUAUGGACUGGACUUUAAGCAAGGUGACACGUACUAUGUUACCGUGGUUGCAUGUAAUGGUGCUCAAAGAUGUUCAGCAGGUCAUUCUAAUGGUGUGACAAUUGAUACUACUCCACCUUCCAUGCAGUAUGUACGAGAUGGUGUACUUGGUCCUGACAUGGACUACCAGGUAUUCCUGGACAUCAUUUUUGCAUAUUUCAAAGCCUCUGAUGAAAACAGUGACAUAAGCUCGUAUGAGGUGGCCUGGGGAACCGCUCCUGGUCUUACAGACAUAAAAGAAUACGAAGAAAUCGUAAAUACAACCAUAUGGUAUGCUAAGUUUAAGAACAACACGCUGGAGAAGAAAAAGAAGUAUUUUGCAACUGUAAGAGCAUCCAACAAAGCUGGUAUAUUAUCAGAGCCAAUGUCGUCUGAUGGCAUAAUCGUUGGGAAGUCUGAGUACACGUUUGACAAGAAUGCUUCAGCAUCGUUCUUUUUUGACACUGUGAAUGUGAAAACUGAUGGAACCAGAGAGGAUGAUGGCGUUGGGCAAACAUAUGGGACUUUGGAAGUUCCCAAAGGAGCUGUAGAUGGCGAAGUAAAACUUCAAUGUUACACUCUGGGUGACGAGACCGUUGCAUCCAAUAAAUCUGAAGAUGGUCCUCUUUCCAACCCUAGCACUACAAAACCAAAGCAAUUCAUGCUCGGCAAUUACAGUUUCCAGAUCAAAGCUAUGGAGCCCUUAAACAACACUAUUAAAGAGGGAUAUAAGUUUGCUAAGCCGAUCAAGAUCUCUAUGUUUUACGAUGUGGACAAUUUAGUGAGAGCCAACAAAAGAGUGGUGAACAAAGAAGUCAAUAAGGAAGACAUUAAUCCUGUGCUGUAUUUAUGGGAUAUUAAAAAUAACACAUGGAUCGAUGCAUCUCUGUCUUGCCCAGAGCCCUGGCAGUACAUCAACCGUACCAUCAAACUUCUCACUGUUCAUAUCUGUCACUUGACCCAGUUUGCUUUCUUCUGGUCGUUCAAAGCAAAGAAUGGAUUGAUAAUGUUUGAAAAAAACACUUCGGUUUAUGACGCAAACGGUGAUGUGGUUGUUCUUCUUGAAACAAGAGCACAAGAGAUAGAUCUUCCUAUCAAGCGUUCCAAAGGCAGCAAUGGAAACAUCGAAGUUUAUUGGUCUCUUCAAAGCAAUGAGUCACUUGAUUCAAAUUUGAUAUGGCCAAAGUCAGGGAACAUAUCAAUGACAGAAAGCCAGUGGAACGCUAAUCUAUCUUUAAGGGUAGCCAGUAAUGAAAAGAGGACGGGAAAACAAGUUAUCUAUGUUCGACUUGAUAACGUGACUGGUGGGGCAAUUCUAGCAUCACGUGACAAGAUAGAAUCAAGCCUGAUCAUUGUAGGCAGUUCUGAAGUACACCAAGACCCUACGUCCACCUUAACCUGGAUCAUUGGGGUAGUUUUAGGAGUUAUUUUCAUAACGAUAGCCAUUUUGAUAAAAACAAAGAGAAAGAAAGGAAAAUAUAUAAAAAAUAAAUCCUUAUCUGACACAAGCUCUAGACAGAGCCAGCUGGAAAGACCAGGGGAUGUUAGUACUCCAGCUCCAGUUGGUGGACAAUUGCACAUUACUAAUGACACGGAGUCUGGAACAGAAAUUAUAGGUGUAUCAGUAAAUCUAGGAGAAUAUAAUGGUUCAACUUUCGUCGGUGUUGUUGAUAAUAAUGAAAUCGAGCUGAAUGCUAUGAGCGCCAAUGUGGGAAAACGAUCCUUCAGUAAUGAAGAUAAACAGCAUUCGAAGGAAAAGGAAGUAGCACCUGAUCAUGAUCAUCGAGGCGAACAUAACAACCCAAGCUUUGAAAAUGAUGAUGAUGUCGAAGUUGAAGAAAUGAAAACGAGGCUAGGUGACCCAAAUACAGUUGCAAACGAAGGCAUCAAUAAAGUCCUUAAAAAUCGUCAUCCCCAAAAUGGUGCCAAUCUUCCCAAAUCAAGUGAGGCAGCUUCUUCAGCCGGGUCCCCAGCAAUAAAAGAUAUCGUUUCUUUAACUUUUGAUGGAGCUUUAGGUGCUUCCAAAGAGGAAACAAAGAAAACGAAAGCCGAAAAUCGAGGAUAUGACAAUCAAAUUUAUCAAAUGGAAAACGAUGACGAUGCAUGUCAAUUAGAAAUUUAGUAUCAUAAAAACGAAGACAAAGGCAAAACUCAGACAAACAUGAACAUGUACUUUUUAGUUUAGCAGCUGAAUUUUCAUAGCCGAUCGCAGUAGUUCUUUGAUCAAUUGGUCAUUAUUCUAGCUUAAAUAAUAAAAUAGGUUCGUAGAACACUCGACACGCCGGGUUAAACGGAAUGCACUGUUUGCCCGAGUGUUGAAGCUAUAUUCGUAUGAAACAUUAGCACAUUGGUUCCUAAGCGUAAGACCUGCACCCUGCACAAUCCAACUAUGCCUGGAUCCCUUAAAAUAGGAUCCUGAACAAUGAAAUCAAUACAAAAAGCAGUAAGCACAGAUCGUUUAUAUAAGACUUUUAGGUCUUUUAAGACAUUUUGUCAAUAACUCAAGUUAAACUUAAAUACAAUUGCUGAAAUAAUAAACGCUGAAAUAUUAGAAAAGUUAUGCUUUAGAGAAAAGAGAAGCACUCAUUUUACUUAUUCAGAACAUUGUUACAACUUUAUUUGUUCGGGAUAUCGAUAUAUAUCCAAACCAUUUUUAAAAUUGGAGAUAGUCCCGCACAGCUCUUCACUCUAUAUACCAGACGAGAAAUACAAUAAUUAAAUUCAUCUACAAAACAUAA